GAUACUCUCACUUAACAAUAGAUCUUUCCAUAGGUCUUCUCUCUCUCUCUUUUUUUUUAAAUAAAUUUUUCUUGUGCUUUAAGUGAAAGUUUACAAAUCAGGUCAGUCUCUCACAAAAACCCAUAUACACCUUGCCACACACUCCCAAUUACUCUUCCCCUAGUGAGACAGCCCGCUCUCUCCCUCUACUCUCUCUUUUCGUGUCCAUUUCUCCAGCUUCUAACCCCCUCCACCGUCUCAUCUCCCCUCCAUGCAGGAGAUGCCAACAUAGUCUCAAGUGUCCACCUGAUCCAAGAAGCUCACUCCGCACCAGAAUCCCUCUCCAACCCAUUGUCCCGUCCAAUCCCUGUCUGAAGAAUUGGCUUCGGGAAUGGUUCCUGUCCUGGGCCAACAGAAGGUCUGGGGGCCAUGACCACCGGGGUCCUUCUAGUCUCAGUCAGACUAUUAAGUCUGGUCUUACGAGAAUUUGGGGUCUGCAUCCCACUGCUCUUCUGCUCCCUCAGGGGUUCUCUGUUGUGUUCCACAGGUCUUCUUUUGUUCCCUCACAAAAGGACCCUUACCUGUUCCAAAGCCUGGGUAGGCCCCCAAGGCUCUCUGGUCCUCCUCCCACCCCCAUCGCCUGUUAGAUGUGUCGGUGUGCUGGGGUACUGUCAUUGCCUUCUGGUUUCUUUUUUUGUUUUGCUGCCAUUGAGUCGGUUCUGACUUUUUUUUUUUUACGUUAGGUGAAAAGUACAAUCUCUUCAUACAAAAUUUUAUGUUCAUAUUGUCACGUGACACUAGUUGCAUUCGCUACAGUGUGACAGCACACUCCCCAUUUCCACCCUGGGUUUCCCAUGUCUAUCCAACCUGUCAUUUCCUGUCUUUUCAUCCUGCCUCUGGACAGGAGCCAUACAUUUGGUCUUGUGUAUCUGCUUGAACUAAGAAGCACACUCUUCCUGAGUAUUAUUUUGUGUUUUAGUUCAGUCUUGUCUUUGUGUGAAGAGUGAUCUUUGGGGUAGUUUUAGUUCUGGGUUAACAGAGUAUCUGGGGGCCAUUUCUUCUGGGGUUCCUCCAGUCUCAGCCAGACCAUUAAGUCUUUUUAUGUGAAUUUGAGUUCGUUCUAUCCUACACUUUUCUCCUGCUCUGUCGGGGGCGCUUCUGUUAUGUUCCCUGUCAGGGCGGUCAUUGGUAGUAGCUGGGUACCAUCUAGUUCUUCUGAUCUCAGGCUGAUGGAGUCUCUGGUUUACGUGGCUCUUUUGUCUCUUGGGCUAAUAUUUUCCUUGUCUUUGGUGUUCUUCGUUCUCCUUUCCUCCAGGUGGGUUGGGACCAGUUGAUGUAUCUUAGAUGGCCACUUGCCUUCUGGUUUCUUGCUCUUGGUCUGUGGUGGCCAAAGUUCAGGCUUGACUUGCUUCUGGGCUUGCCUUCCCAGGCUCUGCCUUUGAUCUGUCAGGAGCUUUAAUCAGACUUGGUUCUGAGCUCUGCAGAGUACUGGAGCAUAGAGACUGUGAGAAGGUCUCUGUCACUUCCUUGUCCUAGGACCUUUAGCCAGCCUCUUUCCUCUGUUCAGUAGGGGAGUGGGCAGCAGUCAGAGGAUUUUGUCAGGGUUUAAAUAUCCUGACUGCUCCACUGACUCACCAUUGUGGCCCAGGAUUAGUUUUCUCUUCCCAAUUUUUCAGUUGUUUGUAAGAACCAUAUUUAAAAGAUAGAAACGAAUUGGUAUAAUGAGUGAUUAAGAACAUGGGCUCUGGGGUCCAAAUGCCUGGGUUUCCGUCAUAACUCCAUCAGUUACUAGCAUGGUGACCUUGGCAAGUACCCUAACCUCUUUGCAUUGGUUUCCUCAUUUGUAAAAUGAGUAUGAUAGUUUCAGCCUCAUUGAGUUGUCGUGAAGAUUAAGUGACUGUUAAGCACUCAGCACUGUGCCUGGCCUGUAGUAGGUGCUCAGUAAGUGUUUGCUGCUGAUGAUCUUGGAGGGAGAAUGAGAUCUAUGUAGAAGGUAACCUCUAGGGACAAUCUGCUGGGGACGGGGUGACAUCUCUCCUCUUUUCCAUUAUGUGAACAGCAGGGACAGAUGUUCUCAGUGAGGUCUGGAGUCUCUUGUCUCUAGGACUCACAGGUGUUCCUCUAAUUCCUUUGGCCUAUCUCCCACGUGGCCUCCAGGCUCCACCUCUAGCCUAAGGGUGGGCAAACUGAAACCCCGUACUAAAAAGGAAUUAAUCAAAGAACACAUCCCCAUUUAGAUAGUCAAGUUAUACACUGUAGCCCAGGCUGCGUUUUAUAUUUGUGUUUUGUGGUGGGAGGAGGGGUGAGAGAAGCAGGGGUUGGAGCUGUGUCGCUGUUAGAGAGAUGAUUCAGAGCAAGGAUUUUUAACCAGGAGCCCAGAAAUGAGCUUCAGAGCAUCUGUGAGCCCCGAAAAGUAUGGACAAGUUUCCGUGUUGAUGCACAGUUGAAUAUUUCUAGAGAGAUUUUUUUCAUGGCUUUCAUCAUAUUCUCAAAGGACCCAGAAAAGGCUAAGAAUCACUGAUCUAGGGGAAAGUAUUUUUCAGAUACCAUUUAUCUCUUUAGUAGUUCUUAAAACAUUUGUUUUCCAGAUUUCACACAUACGGAAAUGUUGGAAGAAUAAUACAGUGAUCACCCAAAUACUAUCUAUAUAUGACAGUUAUAUUUCACUGUAUUUACUUUAUUUUUCUGUGUAUGGAUAUAUGUGUGUCGUGUGUGUUUAUAUAUGUAGACACACACACAUAUAUGUACACACACGUAUACACAUACAUACAUAAAUCAAACCAAAAAACUUAUUGUUGUCAAGUCGAUUGUGACUCAUGGCGCCCCUAUAGGACGGGGUGGAACUGCCCCAUAGGGUUUCCAAGGAGCAGCAGAUUUGAACUGCCAACCUUUUGGUUAGCAGCCGAGCUCUUAACCAUUGUGCCACAAGGGACACACACCCCUCAUGAACCCUUCAAUUUAUAAUUUUUUUAUUCUCCAAACUCAUCCAGUCAGAGUUCCCAUAUUGUAUUUAGCUGUUCUGUCUCUUUAGUCUCUUAAAUCCACAGUAGUCCCCUGCCUUUUGAAGGAAUGGGUUAGUUGUUUGGUACAGUGCCCUAAUUUCUGAGUUUUUCUGUGACUCCUUUAAGUAUUAAUUUAUAUUUCUGUCCUCUGCGUUUCUUAUAAAGGCGACCAUUUGCUCAGUAUACAACACAUGUUAUAAGGCCCCUCCCAUUCCUUGAGGCACUUAGUGUCUGGGGUAGGGGAAAUCACGGCAGGACCCUGCUGUGAGGUGUAUCCUGAUGUAGGCAUGUCAGAAGGUGGGGAGAAAAGCAGGUACCUUUUGAGGAAGUGACAUUCCAGCUGAGUCUUAGCAGGAAAGGGGGAGAACAUAUGCGCAAGCAUUGAGACCUGAGAACAGUAAUUACAAAGUACUGUUAGGUGAGUGACCUUGGGAGGUGCCAGAGGACAAACCUUGAGGGCUGUUGCGGGCAGGCUGUGAAGGGCGAUGAACUGUGUGCUGAGGAGCUUGGAUUUGUUCCUGGAGGCUUUGGAGAGUCACUACAGGCAGACCCUGGGUUACGAAUGUCCAGUUUAUGUACCACCCAUAGUUACAAACCAACCCCCAUAACUUUACGCCUGUUAAAAAUUUGGGGCAUAUACAAUGGUUCAUAAUAACAAAUGGGUGCUACUUUGUGACAAUCAUCAAAACAUUAUUAUUAUUAUUACCGUAUCGUGUUAAAGAUGUUUUAGUGUAUCUGGAAGUGUUUAAUGUUUUUUAUGCAUAGAAAGGUACACUAUAGUACAUACUGUGACAAAUAUUUCACUAACUGACCGUAGAUACAAACCAUACCUAACUGUUCCAAUUUAUGUACAAAUUCUACUUAAAGACAGAUUUAGGAAUGGGAGUCAUUGGUAAUCUGGGGACUGCCUGUGUAGCACAUCCUUUUUAGAUCACAGUUUUUCUGUUUAGAUUACAACUUUUUAUAUUCCGUAAUCUCAACACCCUGAGCCAAGCAUUUUGAUGUAUUUUUUCCCCAGAUGUUUGUGUGUGUGUUUGUUUCAGAAGGAUUUAAAGCUAGGAGUGACAUCACUGUUGUGUUAGAAAGACAGUCCUGGCCACAAGGUAAGGGGUGGGUUUGAAGGGAUGGAUUGUCCGGGCCAGAGGUGGCAGGGGGAUAGAGAAGAAAGCUUAUGGACACAGGGACUUUUAGGAGGUAAAACCAGCAGGAAAAGAGGGGUCAGGGUCACAGGUUUGGGAAAGUGGCUAAACAGUGCUGUAAACAGCCCAGAAGUAGCCUCCCUUCUCUCUCCUCUCCCCAUCCCCACCAGUGCAGGUAGAAGCUGUAACCUAACCUUCUGGAUCCCCACAUUGCUGAUUCCUUAGCCACGUGUCAUGGGCCCUGCAAAGGCACCCAGGAAAGUUUGUCCUGAAGAAUUAUGGAGAGAACCCAGAAGCCUACAAUGAGGAACUGAAGAAGCUGGAGUUGCUAAGACAGAAUGCCGUCCGUGUUCCACGGGACUUUGAGGGCUGCAGUGUCCUGCGCAAGUACCUAGGCCAGCUCCACUACCUGCAGAGUCGGGUCCCCAUGGGCUUGGGCCAAGAGGCUGCUGUUGCUGUCACCUGGACAGAGAUCUUCUCAGGCAAAUCUGUGGCCCAUGAGGACAUCAAGUAUGAGCAGGCCUGCAUUCUCUACAACCUUGGAGCACUGCACUCCAUGCUGGGGGCCAUGGACAAGCGGGUGUCUGAGGAGGGCAUGAAGGUCUCCUGCACCCACUUCCAGUGUGCAGCCGGUGCCUUUGCCUACCUGCGCGAGCACUUCCCUCAGGCCUUCAGCGUUGACAUGAGCCGCCAGAUCCUCACUCUCAAUGUCAACCUCAUGCUGGGCCAGGCUCAGGAGUGCCUCUUGGAGAAGUCGAUGUUGGACAACAGGAAGAGCUUUCUGGUGGCCCGCAUCAGUGCCCAGGUUGUGGAUUACUACAAGGAGGCAUGCCGUGCCUUAGAGAACCCCGACACUGCCUCACUGCUGGGCCGGAUCCAGAAGGACUGGAAGAAGCUGGUGCAGAUGAAGAUCUACUACUUUGCAGCUGUGGCUCAUCUGCACAUGGGGAAGCAGGCAGAGGAGCAGCAGAAGUUUGGGGAGCGGGUUGCAUACUUCCAGAGUGCCCUGGACAAGCUCAAUGAAGCCAUCAAGUUGGCCAAGGGCCAGCCUGACACUGUGCAAGAUGCACUUCGCUUCGCUAUGGAUGUCAUUGGAGGAAAGUACAAUUCUGCCAAAAAGGACAACGACUUCAUCUACCAUGAGGUGGUCCCAGCACUGGACACCCUUCAACCUGUAAAAGGAGCCCCGUUGGUGAAGCCUUUGCCAGUGAACCCCACAGACCCUGCUGUCACAGGCCCUGAUAUCUUCGCCAAACUGGUGCCCAUGGCUGCCCAUGAGGCCUCAUCACUGUACAGUGAGGAAAAGGCCAAGCUGCUUCGGGAAAUUAUGGCCAAGAUCGAGGACAAGAAUGAGGUCCUGGACCAGUUCAUGGAUUCUAUGCAGCUGGAUCCCGAGACAGUGGACAACCUUGAUGCAUACAGUCACAUCCCACCACAGCUCAUGGAGAAGUGUGCAGCUCUCAGCGUCCGGCCCGACACCGUCAGGAACCUCGUCCAGUCCAUGCAAGUGCUGUCGGGUGUGUUCACGGAUGUGGAGGCCUCCCUGAAGGACAUCAGGGACCUGCUGGAGGAGGAUGAGCGGCUAGAGCAGAAGUUCCAGGAGGCAGUGGGCCAGGCGGGGGCCAGCCCAGCAGCCCCAACGGCUGAGCUGGCGGAGGUGCGGCGAGAGUGGGCCAAAUACAUGGAGGUCCAUGAGAAGGCCUCCUUCACCAACAGUGAGCUGCACCGAGCCAUGAAUCUGCACGUUGGCAACCUGCGCCUGCUUAGCGGGCCUCUGGACCAGGUCCGGGCUGCCCUGCCCACCCCAGCCCUCACUGCAGAGGACAAGGCCGUGCUGCAGAACCUGAAACGCAUCCUGGCUAAGGUGCAGGAGAUGCGGGACCAGCGCGUGUCCCUGGAGCAGCAGCUGCGUGAGCUUAUCCAGAAAGAUGACAUCACUGCCUCUCUCGUCACCACAGACCACUCAGAAAUAAAGAAGCUGUUUGAGGAGCAGCUGAAGAAGUACGACCAGCUGAGGGUGUACCUGGAGCAGAACCUGGCAGCCCAGGACAACGUCCUCCGAGCACUGACAGAGGCCAAUGUGCAGUAUGCAGCCGUGCGGCGGGUACUCAGCGAACUGGACCACAAGUGGAACUCCACUCUGCAGACCUUGGUGGCCUCCUAUGAAGCCUAUGAGGACCUGAUGAAGAAGUCCCAGGAAGGCAAAGACUUCUAUGCAGACCUGGAGAGCAAGGUGGCUACUCUCCUGGAACGAGCCCAGUCCACCUGCCAGGCCCGUGAGGCUGCCCGCCAGCAGCUCCUAGACAGGGAGCUGAAGAAGAAACCACCACCUCGGCCCACAGCCCCAAAGCCACUGCUGCCCCGCAGGGAGGAGGGUGAGGUGGUGGAGACAGGAGACCUGCCCGAGGAGCUGCGCAGCCUGCCACCUGACAUGGUGGCUGGCCCACGGCCAUCAGACACCUUCCUGGGAACAGCUACCCUGCUCCACUUUUCUCCCAGUCCCUUCCCCGGCUCCGCAGGCCCAGGACCCCACUAUCUUUCAAGCCCUUUGCCCCCUGGUACCUACUUGGGCUCUACCCCAAUGUUGCAGCCCAGGCCUCCCCAUGCCCUGGGGCACGCUGCAAUGGCCGUGGCUCCCGGGCCUGCCCACUAUCCCAACCCUGCCUAUACUCCAGAGCUGGGCCUUGUGCCCCGAUCAUCCCCCCAGCAUGGUGUGGUGAGCAGUCCCUACGGAGGGGUGGGGCCACCCCUACCAGUUGCAGCUCUGCCCUCAGCCCCACCUCCCCAGUUCUCAGGCCCUGAGUUGGCCAUGGGGGUCCGGCCAGCCACCACCACAGUAGACAGUGUCCAGGCCCCCAUUCCCAGCCAUAUGGCACCAAGGCCAAACCCUGCCCCUGCUCCUGCCCAGCCCUGCUUCCCAGUGCCCCCACCACAGCCAUUGAGCACACCAUACACCUACACUGUGGGGGCCAAGCAACCCCUCACAGCACCCCCAGCCCAGCACCACUUUCCUCCCAGCAUCCCCACAGGUUUUCCAGCCCCGAGGGUUGGGCCCCAGCCCCAUCCCUCACGAGCAGCGUUUCGACCACAGGCCCCCCAGCAGCCCCUUGCACUCCAGCAUCCACAGCUCUUCCCUCCCCAGGCUCCGGGGCCCCUUCCCCCCCAGGCCCCAGGGCCCCUUCCCCCCCAGGCCCCAGGGCCCCUUCCCCCCCAGGUCCCAGGGCCCCUUCCUCCCCAGGCCACCUUUCCCUUUGCUCCUCAGCCUGGUGUCCUUGGGCAGCUGCCACCCCCUCUGCAUACCCAGCUGUACCCAGGCCCCACUCAAGACCCUCUGCCCCCCCACUCGGGGGCUCUGCCCUUCCCCAGUCCUGGCCCCCCCCAGCCUCCCCAUCCCACCUUGGCAUAUGGUCCUGUCCCAUCCCCCAGGCCCCUAGGCCCCCAGGCAGCUGCUCUCUCCAUUCGAGGCCCCCCACCUGUCAGCCAGCCAGCCCCCAGUCCCCACCUGGUGCCUUCCCCUGCCCCGUCACCAGGGCCUGGCCAGGGAGCCCCUCGGCCUCCUGCAGCAGAGCUGCCCCCAUGCCUGCGCCGAGGCUCUACAGCCGCAGACCUGCUCUCCUCCAGCCCUGAGAGCCAGCACAGUGGCUCUCAGCCUCCGGGAGGUGGGCAGCCCCUGCUGCAGCCCACCAAGGUGGAUGCAGCAGAGGGCCGUCGGCCCCAGGCCCUGCGACUGAUUGAGCAGGACCCCUACGAGCAUCCUGAGAGGCUUCGGCAGUUGCAACAAGAGCUGGAGGCAUUUCGGGGCCAGCUGGGGGAUGCAGGGGCCCUGGACACCGUCUGGCGGGAGCUGCAAGACGCACAGGAGCAUGAUGCCCGUGGCCGUUCCAUUGCCAUUGCCCGAUGCUACUCACUGAAGAACCGGCACCAGGAUGUCAUGCCCUACGACAGUAACCGGGUGGUGCUGCGCUCGGGCAAGGACGACUACAUCAAUGCCAGCCGUGUGGAGGAGCUCUCGCCAUACUGCCCGCCGUUGGUGGCCACCCAGGCCCCACUGCCUGGCACAGCAGCUGACUUCUGGCUUAUGGUGCAUGAACAAAAAGUGUCCAUCAUUGUUAUGCUGGUGUCUGAGGCUGAGAUGGAGAAGCAAAAGGUGACACGCUACUUCCCCACGGAGAGGGGCCAGCCCAUGGUGCAUGGGGCCCUGAGCCUGGCCCUGAGCAGUGUCCGGACCACUGAAACCCACGUAGAGCGCGUGCUGAGCCUGCAGUUCCGGGACCAGAGCCUCAAGCGCUCCCUUGUGCAUCUGCACUUCCCCACCUGGCCUGAGUUAGGCCUCCCUGACAGCCCCAGCAACCUGCUGCGCUUCAUCCAGGAGGUGCAUGCACAUUACCUGCACCAGCGGCCCCUGCACACACCCAUCGUUGUGCACUGCAGCUCCGGUGUAGGCCGCACAGGAGCCUUCGCCCUGCUGUAUGCUGCUGUGCAGGAGGUGGAAGCUGGGAAUGGGAUCCCGGAACUGCCUCAGCUGGUGCGGCGCAUGCGGCAGCAGAGGAAACACAUGCUGCAGGAAAAGCUGCACCUGAGGUUCUGCCACGAGGCGGUGGUAAGGCACGUGGAACAGGUCCUGCAGCGCCACGGCCUGCCCCCUCCCUGCAAACCCUUGGCCAGCACAGGUGUCACCCAGAAGAAUCACCUGCCUCAGGAUUCCCAGGACCUAGUCCUUGGCGGAGACGUGCCCAUCAGCUCUAUCCAGGCCACCAUCGCCAAGCUCAGCAUCCGGCCUCCUGGAGGCUUGGAGUCCCCAGCUGCUAGUCUGCCAGGCCCUGCAGAGCCCCCAGGCCUGCCUCCACCCAGCCUCACAGAGUCCACUCAGCUUCCUUCCUCAUCCCCACCCCCUCCCUCGUCCCCCCUGCCUGAGGUCCCCCAGCCGGAGGAGGAGCUGUCGGUGCCUAAAGCCCCCAGCCCGGGGCCCCCCUCAUCCUCCCUGGAGCUGCUGGCCUCCUUGACCCCCGAGGCCUUCUCCCUGGACAGCUCCUUGAGGGGAAAGCAGCGGAUGAGCAAGCAGAACUUUUUGCAGGCCCAUAAUGGGCAGGGUCUUCGGGCUGCCCGGCCCGCUGAUGACCCCCUCAGCCUUCUGGAUCCGCUGUGGACGCUCAACAAGACCUGAACAGGUUCCUCCACCUCGACCUUACACUACAUCGUCUCCAGCACCCACUUGUCUAUGUCCAGCAGGGCCCUCAGGUGGACAUGGCCCCUGUCCCCGUUCCUGCUGCGUUCAGCCCAGGCCUGGCUCAGCCUGCACCCCUACCCACAGAGGUGCAUCAUGGGCCUCGGGCCAGGUUCUGCCCCUUCGUGGGACAUUUUUUCAGCUCUUUGCUAUUGAAAUAAUAAAUCAACCCGUUCUGUGGCCA